CUCUCGAAAUGGCAUCGGCAGCACUUGAGUUGAGCAAUAGCGACAUACAGGGCUUAUGCCAGAAGUAUUUGCAUCAGGAUGACUCCACAGGCUUCGAUAUAGUCAGCUACAAAAUGAAGCCCACCUCGGAUGCUCCUGCUGGAUAUUUGGGUAGUCAUUUCUAUUUGCAAGUAACGCUCCGUCUACACGAUUCCAAUGAGUUGAAACACCUGCGCUUCUUCUCCAAGAUGGCACCCGUGGGUAAUGAGUCGCGUAUGGAAUAUCUGGAGGAUUUUGGAGUCUUUCAGAAGGAGAUAGCUGUGUAUCUGCAUGUUCUGCCCGAUCUACAAAAAGUCAGCGGUGAUGUAGCCCCCAAAUGCUAUUAUGCCGAUAAGAAUAUUUUGGUUUUCGAGAAUCUAGCCGAUCAGGGUUAUCGCAUGGGUAGUGGACGAGAUGGAUUGCUCAACUAUGAGCACUUGCUGUCAUGUCUAAAGACAUUGGCUGCCCUCCAUGCCGGUUCCAUUAUCCAAGAGAAACGCUUGGGCAAGAAUCUAAUUGAAACUCAUCCAAAAGUUGUCGAGGAAAAUGCCUACCCCUCGAACAAGCCGCCAGAGCACUUGAGAAACGUAAAUUUUAACAAUUCGUGUGAAGUCCUUAAGGAGUUUGUGAAAACUAUUCCCAAAUAUCAAAAGAAAAUGAAAUACAUCUUGGACAACUUUACGCCACGAAUGUCAAAGAUGUUCGAAUUGGUUAAGACAUCCAAGAAAUAUCAAAACGCUCUGCUCCAUGGUGAUCUAUGGGCAAACAAUAUAAUGUUCCAAUAUGGCAAAUACGGCGAAACUCCUUUGGAAUGUCGUUUUGUGGAUUUCCAAUUGGCUCGCUAUGCCCCACCAGCCUCAGAUCUGAUGACAGUUCUCACCAUCCCAACCACAAGUGAGUUUCGCGAGAAGCAUAUGGACGAAUUGUUGGUCGAGUACUAUCGAUUCAUGAAGGAAUUUUUGAAGCGUGCCAAUUUGGAUAUUAACGACAUUAUGCCCGAACAGCAAUACUAUGAAUCUGUUGAAGAAUAUCGCAUUUUGGGCCUAAUCGAAAGUUGUUUGUUCUGUCAUUUGGUAAUGUUACCACCGAGCUCUACACAAAAACUAACCGGCUCCGAGGAAGGUUUUAAUGACUUCUUCAGUCGCCAUCGUAUUAAUAUCUGCAUGGAAGCUUUCAAUACCGAUGAAUUGUAUAGAAAUCGUCUUGUCGAUAUGUUGCAAGAUUUUGUUGAUCAUUUUAUAUUGUCAGAGACAAACUAAAAGGCAAAUAUUUAUUUCGUUUAGAUUUAAGAAUUUCCAAGUUUAACAAACAAAACCCAAAUAUUUAUAAACUAAUACUUAUUGCGAUAUGCAAUUUGGCUUAGCUUUUUAUGCUUCGUUGAGUUCAGUUGUGUUGACGGUUUUCGUAUGAGUUGAAAAACUUUUAAGCCAAGUCCAUGGCAAGUUGCCGUCUUUGGCUCGAACAGCGAAAUCAGUUGCCAAUUGGCCGCGUUCAGUUCAACAACUUACCAACGGGCGAAAAGCAAAAAAACCAAACCAAAAAAAAAGGAUUACAAUUUAUUCAACUAAAUAAACAAAUUUAUAUUAAAUAAAUAAACUAUUUAAACGAAAA